CAACAUGAUCAACAUGGCAGUUUUUGUACCUCGCAGGUUCGAGGUGGUUGUAUACGUUGUGAAAAUAUAAGAUGAUUUUCCAGUGAAUCACCACGGCGAGUAAGCAUCCUGCUGAUAGUCACAUCGCACGAGUGGCAGGACUCGCUAGGGUUCGCGACGAUAACCAAAGAUCUCGCAAGUCGUUACGAUAUAAAUACUGUAAAAAAAAUUUUAAAAAUGGUGAAAUUAUAUGCAUUGACUGUUCUGUACAAAAGUCCUCCGUCAGCAACGACACUGAAAGCCGCUUACGAUGUAGAAUCGUUCUCAUUUUUUCAAAAGAACAGUAUUAAAGAGUUCAUGUGUUUUGUCAGUAAAACCAUUGUGGAAAGAACACAAACGUGUGCCAGGCAAAGCGUCAAAGAAGGAGAAUACAUGUGUCACGUGUAUGUACGAGCCGACAAUCUCGCCGCAGUUCUCAUCUCAGAUCACGAAUACCCUAGGAGAGUAGCACAUACUUUAAUUACAAAGGUGAUGGAAGAGUUCACGGCAAAGAAUCCACCAUCAACGUGGCCCACACUUAAAGAGGUCACCGCCGAUUUUUCACAAAUCAACACGUAUUUAGCCAAGUAUCAGAAUCCAGUUGAGGCGGACGCGCUUACAAAAAUGCAAAAUGAUCUAGAUGAGACGAAAAUUAUUUUGCACAAUACCUUAGAGGCAGUGCUACAAAGGGGAGAGAAGCUGGAUGAUCUAGUCUCUAAGUCAGAGGGACUCAGUGCUCAGUCGAAGGCGUUUUACAAGACCGCACGGAAAACCAAUUCCUGCUGUAGUUUAGCUCCUUAAAACAUUUCUUUCCUUUUUUUCCUUUUUAGCGCGUUUUGCCGCUUCAAAUAUUUCGAUAAAUGUGACUUUAUAAUCAUUGCGACAUAGAAACGCAAAUGAAUAUUUAUGACUCAUAAAAAGAUUGAUUUGCGAGAGUUGGGAGGGAAGCGAAGCAUAAAAAGAUUUAGCAAACGAAGAGGGAGAUAACGGAGAGAUCGGAAGAGAUACGGAAGAGAUCGAUCUACCUAGAUUUUUCAAUGGAACAUAUAUAUAAAUUUAAUGAAUUUCUAGUUAAAAGUUAAAUAAUGGGCAAAAAGCAAACCACUGCCGGUUCCUCCCAGUUAAAGUGGAAUUUUUUACAAAGAUUGUUACAUGCCCGUAGAAUUCAUUCGUUUACUCGCGAGAAACGGUCCUAAGCAAUUGUGUAACGAGAAUCACUUCCGAGAUGAGUUUCGCGCGAGAGGAAACAACCAUAAUGGAGUUUCCACAGUGUCAAAGUAUCGCCUUAAACACAUUCCGAAUGUUAUAAUCGUGUCCUUUUUAUGGCAAAAAGACGUAAGUGCAAUGCGAGGAGGUUUAUCAUAACAGGUUCGCGGAUCGAUAGAUGCAACGCGAUAAGAGUAACUGCAAUUGGAACGAACGAUGUAUUUCUGUUCAAACUAUUAGAUUCCAGUUUAAUAUGGUCAGCAUGAAGUAAUCAAAAAGCCUUUUUGACAAACAGAAUUUUUAUAAUCACUAGAAAUAAUUUUAUGUUUUAUAACUGUGCGAUUUUAUAGUUACGUUGUGAGAGAAAGUCAUCCAUAUUAUAUUUAAAUGGGAAAAUAUUGCACAGAUUUUCCAAAAAGAUUGUCUAACAGUUUAUUUAACAUACAUACGCAAACCAGUCCUUAUCCAUUUUAAUAUGAAUAACUAUUUAUGACUUAUACCUAAAUGAUUAUCUCGAUGUUAAUUACGUAUUUCAUCUAAUUGAUCAAGACGAUAAAGCUUAUGAUUAUUUGUCAUUUGAACUUCAACAUAAGUAAAUAAUGUGUCUUGACAGAAAGAAAAUAUAUUCUAUGUAUAAUAAUUAAGUGACAAUUAUAAUCUUUAUAUACUAUGUAUGUUGAAAAGUAUAAUGAGCCAGUAAAAAUAUAUUAAUAUAUUUUCAAAUGUUAAUGUUAUAUGAUGUAUUCAUAAAAAGGAAAUAAUUCAUAUAUAGUACAA